CCUCGUUUUCAUGUAAUCAUGGAAUCCAAAGUCUCUCUUUCUAUGUCAACUUUUAUUUUGCUGGUUUUUUACAGUCCUUUUAUUGCAUCCUAAUGGAUUUACAUGGCAGCAAGACAAGAACCUCAAAACGUGGGAAUGUGUAAUAAAAGCACAAAACAACAAAACAAAACAGAAAACCCAGAAACAGAAGGGUCUUUCUCUAGUCUCUCCUCCUUCCUUGCAAUCUCUAAAAAUUCAAUCUUUAAUGCAAGAAUCACACAAUACCCAAGAUUUUUAUAGGCUUUAAUUUAGUGAUCAGUACAGCCUGAGUGUGUAAUCGCUUUCUCUUUUCAGUCCCUCUUUCUAGCUAGCUACCUAGUGUGUUUUAUGUGCUGUGUUGUUUCAGCAACACUGCCUAUAGCUUCUUAGGUUUACAGCAGCUGUUGUGCCUAUAAGUAUACCCCUUCUUGUAGUAUCACACAACCUGUCUUGGCUGGUUUGUUGGUUGGUUUUUAUCUUUACUCUAUUGCUUCCCUUGUAAAUUUCUACAUUUAAUACUUUUUUAGAAACCCCCCACAAAACCCAGAAAAAAUAAAAAAUAAAAAAUAAAUUGAAGCUCAGCUGUGUUCUCUCCAAAUGGCCUUACUUAAAUGCGUAUAAUUAAGUACAAUUCUAGCUGUUGCUCUUUUUAUAAAACAAAUUCUUUGGUUUAAAUUUGGCUUCUUUUUUAGAACGUUUGGUUUUUUUUUAUUUUGCUUUGUGGGUUUUGUUUAAUCACCGAAACCGGUGUUAUUAAGAUUGCUUUUAUUAUUCUUUUUUUGGAUUGUGUUACAGAGGCAAAGGAAAGACUGCUGCUUUUGCUGCUACAUUACAAGCAUGGCACACAAUAGAGAAUGAGAGUAGCAGUAGAUGUGGCUAGAACAACAAACAACACUAGUUUUCUUGUUUUUUUGACCUAGCUAUAGCAGCCAGUACUCGUGUUUGAUGCUCGUGCGCUUGCAAAAUAAAGUAAAUAUUGAAACUUUAUCACUCACGUUAUCCAGAUCUCGAGACCCUUUUAACCAUUGGGGAUAUUGACAUUUGUUGCAAAUUCAUUAAUUCGUGUGGUUCAAUUUUAGUGUCAGUGUGUGGCAGUGGCACCUUUCCUUCAUCCGCCAUUUUCUUUUAUAAGCCAACCAUUUGAGUUUGGAAUUGUGUUUCAAUGCAUAGCACUUGAAAGUUCUCAAGGGUGUGAAUGUUGACUCUUGCGAUGUUAUACAAGCCAUAAUCAAAGGAGGGGUCGGUGAUUAAUAGUGGUUUUUGUAGUGUAGAUGUUGGUUCCUUUGCAUGGAAACCAAGGUACCAGUUAGUAAGAGCUUUGGUCCUCGUUUAUUUCAUUUGUUUAUUGUUUUUAUUUCCGGAGUUUAGGUGUCUUAAUUUAUAUUUAUUAUAUAUAUCUUGCCUUGGGAUCUAUCUUAUAUUGGUGGUUUAGAACAUGCUUAUCAAUAGCCUGUCACUUUGUAUUGGUGCUGAUGUUAGAAGUUGGUUCCUAGUACUUGCCCGUGUAUUUGAAUUGAUUAUUCAGUAGAGUGUCUUGCUGCAAAUUAUAUUAUUUUGAAUAUCUUACAGAGCGAAACCCGGUCCGUUAAUUGUGGCAAUUUGUGGGUUUAUAUAGGGGGUUGUUAGUACUUGAUAUGGUUACUAGAGAAGGGAGUGUUGAGGACAGUGGUUUUGAUGUGGAAUAUUGGUCCUAAGCACUUGAAAAGAUGCUGAGUUCUGAUGAAGGAGAGAGUGAUCUGUUCUUUGAUUCUGUAGAUUACUUGGAAUUGGGGUGUGAUAAGUUAGAGUAUGAUAUUUGGUUGAAUGAGCCACAGAGUGUUAAGGAGAGACGCCAAGGUUUCUUACGCGGAAUGGGUCUAGGUGGGUUUGCUUCCAACAUUGAUGAGAAUCUUGGUUUGGAGAGGAUCACUGAAUGCAGCGAGGCUGUAUCAAGUUCUUUAGUUUCAUGUACAAAUGUUGAAGAGGUAAAUUUGGUUAGUUAUAGUGCUGGUAGAGAAGAAAAUUCUGAAGCCAAUUGCAUGGUUGAUGAAAUCCUUCCUUUCUCGAUGGAUAAACCGGGUGCAGCUUCUGAAAACGAGAACAUUGGACCUUCAGUCCAUUUGCGGCAAGGAUGUGAACAAUGUGAAGAUGAAAAAUGUAAAAAGUUUGAUUCAGAAAAAAGUAAAACGAAGAGCUGGUGGAAACUCUUUGUAAGAAAGAGGAAGGAAAGAGGAGGUAGAUGUGCAUCUGGGGUAUCCAAGUUGGAUACCAAAGCACCAAAAACAAACAGAACGAAGGUGAAGCAGAACAAAAAAGGGUGCAUGGAGUUUUCAGGGGUAUAUAUGGGACAAGAAAUUCAAGCUCACAAGGGCUUCAUUUGGACAAUGAAGUUUAGUCCAGAUGGGCAGUAUUUGGCAACUGGGGGCGAAGACAGGAUUAUCCGCAUUUGGCGUGUUACUUCAGUGGAUUCAUCGUGCAAAUCUUUCUCAUCUGAAGGACAUUCUGACAGCAAUCUGAAAGAAGGCAAAUCUAGUUUGAGAACAAAGAAGAGAAUGCAUUCAUCUGUUGUCAUUCCUGAGAAGGUUUUCCAGAUUGAAGAGACACCAUUGCAAGAAUUUCAUGGUCAUACCAGUGAAAUUUUAGACCUGGCAUGGUCCGAUUCAAAUCACCUUCUUUCGUCUUCCAUGGAUAAAACUGUUCGUUUGUGGCUAGUGGGUUGCAAUUAUUGUCUGGGCAUUUUUCACCACAGUAGUUAUGUAACAUGCAUUCAGUUCAAUCCUGUUGAUGAGAACUAUUUCAUUAGUGGCUCCAUCGAUGGAAAAGUUAGAGUUUGGGGAGUGUCUGAGAAGCGGGUUGUUCACUGGGCCGAUGUACGAGAUGUAAUAUCUGCCAUAUGUUACCAGCCAGAUGGGAGAGGGUUUGUGGUUGGUACUAUUAUUGGCAGUUGCCGUUUCUACGAAGUAUCAGGCACUGAUCUCCAGCUUGAGGCAGAAAUACAUAUUCAAGGCAGAAAUAGAAACUCUGGCAACAGAAUUACUGGCAUUCAGUUUUCCCAGGAAAUAUGUCCAAGGGUUAUGAUCACCUCUGAAGAUUCUAAAGUUCGUGUAUUUGAUGGGGUUGACGUUGUCAAUAAAUUUAAAGGUCUUCCAAAGUCAGGAAGUCAGAUGUCGGCUUCGUUUACUUCAAAGGGGAGACAUAUAAUCUCGGUUGGAGAGGACUGUCGUGUUUAUGUAUGGAAUUAUGAUGGCUUGUGCACCCCAUGGUCUAAACACACAAAAUCUGUGAGGUCCUGCGAGUAUUUCUUCUCUGAAGGUGUGUCUGUUGCUGUGCCUUGGUCAGGCCCGGGAACUGAAUUGAGAGGCCUGAGCAGUAGAAGUCUCCGGAGUUAUGUGCAAACAGAGGGGGAUGCUUCCUGGAUGAGGGACUCGGACCGUUUUUCUCUUGGCAGUUGGUUCUUCAUGGAUGGCCGAUGCAGGUGGGGCUCUGCGACAUGGCCUGAGGAGAAACUUCCUACGUGGGAUGUGCCAGUUUUAGAAGAUGAAUAUCAAAACCAGCAAACUGAGGACCUUCAUCAACAGCAUUGCGUUAACACCAAUGACCAGAUCUCCUUACCAGAUGCAUGGGGCCUCGUGAUUGUGACUGCAGGAUGGGAUGGAAAAAUCAAAACUUUCCACAACUAUGGAUUGCCUAUCAAGCUCAAAUAGAUUCAAGCGAUCUUCCUGGUCUCGCUAAUGAAGUUGACUCAAGUCUUCUGUUGUGAGAUGACACAUGGUGUCAUCCAAAUUUGUGGCACCUUGUGGUUCAGCCAGGAUGGUGUUAGCUUGCAAGCCAAUGAUCGUGAUUCGCAGCUUUAAAUACGAGCCCUACAUCUACUGUAAAUGUUUUUUAGUCUAGUUCUUGUACUUGGCCCUUUUCUUGGUAGAAUAUCCUCAAAUCAGUGGCAGAAAGUCUCUUGACAUGCUUUGUAAUUACUUUCAUGGCUUAUGCGGUCAUGCUCUGAGUCAGGCCACCGGUUCCCCACGUAUAUAUGGAAUGACAAAGAAAUACAGUCAUUUUUUUUUAUUUA